AUGGGAUCCGGUCCCGCUAGCGCCUUGCUCUCGUCUUGCAGCGAAGCGCCGCUGCUCUCUGCUACCGCCAGUCCGAGGUUCGGAGAAGGCUUGAACCGCCGCACGAUCGCCAACGAGGCCGCUCUUCAUCAACUCAGCCCGCCGCCGUACAUGCCCAGCGUAUUCGAUAGGAUCCCCGGUAUACAAAAGUUGCUCCUCUGUGAAGUCGCUCCGCGCUUGACGUGCUUGGACCUCUUCGUGUAUUCCCUCUACGCCGGAAUCGUCGCCUUUGCCAACUUUUACAAGAACACCGACUGGGAAUGGAGCGCCAAGAAGAAUCCGCUGGGACCGGAUCUUUUGAGAGCAGGGGCGAUCUCCAUGGCGCAAGUGCCUCUGGUCAUCGGUCUUGGUGGUCGAAAUAGCCCGAUCCGAUAUCUUCUCGGUGGCGGACAAAGUCGUGCGGUAAUCAACUUGCACAAAUUUUCUGGUCGGGCUUGUUUCGCUUGCAUGUUGCUUCAUGUCGUCGGAUACGGCUACAAGUGGGGAAAAUCCGGGAUCUUCCUAUCAAAAGUCAAAGAGCCCGCCUUCGUUUGGGGAAUGACGGCCGCUGCAGGGUUGACCUUCAUGGUAGUCACCUCUAUCCCUGUCGUAAGAAGGCGUCUCUACAGCGUCUUCAUGAUCUCGCACGUGAUCGGGCUCGUGGGGUUCUUGUUGGGUCUGGGUAUGCACGUCCCUGAAGCUGUGCCCUACGUAUUGGCAGGAGCAGGGCUUUACGGUGUGGAGCUUCUAUGUCGUAUUCUCAAGACGAAGAUGGCUACCGCAGAGCUCAGGGUUUUGCCUGGAACCGACUCGAUUCUGGUAUCCGUACCAUCGAUCAAGACCGGAUGGCGAGCUGGUCAACACGUUAUCCUUAGGGUACCCGCACUGGGCCUGCAGUUCCUCGAAGGUCAUGCAUUCACGAUUGCCAGUGCUCCCAACACCACCGCCGGGCUGAUGUUGGUUGUGAAAAGAACCGGUGACUGGACACGCGCACUGUGGGAAUUAACGAUGAAGAACGAUGCCGAAAUGAUGGCGCGAGGCGCAGCCUUCCGUUGUAAGGUUGCGAUCGAGGGACCGUACGGAGGUGUUGGCCAUACACUUCUCGCAGCCUUUUCUUGCGUAAUGCUGGUGGCAGGUGGAUCGGGAAUCUCCCACACUCUAGGCAUGGCGCACGAUCUGAUGAACAAAGCUUCUUCUCAAGGCGCAGUCCGAGCUACUCAUCUGGAUAUCGUCUGGGUGGUUCGCACAUCCGAUGCGGCGCGACCUUGGAUGCACACACUGAAGAGCCUUAUCGAGGAUGUCAAACACACCCCACUGGCUGUCAGAUUACAGGUACGCGGAUUCAACCCAGAGCCCCAGCUCAAAUGGUCUUGCGGAUCGGGAUCGCGAAUCAACAUCGCUCAAGGGAGGCCGGACAUGCUGCGCUGCCUCGAAGAUCUCCUCGAUUCCUCCUUAGACUUCAACGCCACGACCGGAGCCCACCCGCGAGGUUGUGCUGUGGCGGUUUGUGGGCCUUCCGGUCUGGUGGACGAAACACGCCGAGCUACGACGGAUCUAGAUGCCGAUAGGAGGCUCCGCGUGAACGGAAUCGAGCUGAUGAGGGAGAGGUUCGAGUAA